AUGUUCCUCUUCGCCCGUAAAACCAAGACCCCCAUCAGCACCUACACGGACUCCUACAGAGCGCCGAAUAGCAUGAGAAAAACCUUCCAGGAACCUCCGAAUACUCUGUGGAAAGAAAAUAAGUUUGUGACGGAGGGGUUAACGAUGCCCAGAGUGGAAAAUCAGGUGAACCAAGCUCAGCUGGAGAAGAUGAUUAAGCGUGCAGUGCAGGAUUAUUCCUAUAAGAACACGAUAGAACCAACAGCCUAUAGGCCAGAAAAGUAUUGGGUAACCAGACCCGAAGAAAAGUACAAUCCAGUUUUUGUCAGUGGAGACAAGUACGCAACGUGGAGGACAGGCCCCUACAACAGUGCAGGAUGGAAUAAAUAUACCACCUACCUCCCCAGGCUUCCAAAGGAAGCAGGGAUGGAGACCAUUCUCCGUGGGAUGCCCAUGGAAUACCCACCGAAACCCGACCGCCUCAAUAAUUAUGAAAGGGAAGUGGUGGUCAACAUGCUGAACAGCUUGUCCCGCAGCCAGCUCCCCUCCGUCCAGCACCGUUCCACCGUCCCCGGGAGAAAGCCCUUCCAAGGUUACUACAGCCCCUGCACCGGGCGUCACUACUGCCUGCGUGGGAUGGAUUACUACGUGGACGGAGCCCCCUGCAACGAGAGGCAGCUCAACCAGCUAGUGGAGAAGAUUGUAAGGAAUAUCCCAUACUGCGGUUGCAGCCGAGAGACGAUGGACUAUGCACCUUUGCACAGCCCGCCGCAAUCUUUCCCGUAUAUGAACCUUAAGUGGGACACAAGUCACUUCCAGAAGGCCGGCGGGCCGCAGAAGGAUAACUAUGUCAUCCAUCCCGAGUUUCUGUCGGAGUCCUACCCCACUUCGCCGUGCUGGUAGAGAACAGAGUCAGGCCUCCAUUAAAAUGGGUCUUGUCAACCUUCGCGUGU